UGAAUGAGUGAGUGGGUAUAGAGGGCUUGGGAUGGGGGCGGAGCGGGCGCGGGUCGAAGGUCUAAUCGCGUCUUGUGGCACCUUUAGUUGCUAGUUUCUUAUUAAGGAGUGAUUGUGAGCUGGCUCAUGAUAUUCUGGGCGUUAGAGUUUUCGUUUAUCUGGGGGUAUUGCGAAUUAGGUGUGGGACUUAGAGUGUGUGUGUUUUUUCACAGUGGAGGUGGGUGGUGCCGCACGAAUGCGGGUCAGUUACAAGCGCCUGUGCAAACAAGUGUUGAUGAUUUGCGUGGCACUUUGCUCGAGCUGUAGCUGAACGCUGCUGUUUUCUUGCUCUUAGGUUUCUGAAGCUUUUGGAAGCUUUUUUGGAGGAAUAACGGGACUUAAGCAACAUUUGGUUAGGAAGUGAUUCGUCACGAAGAGUCUGAAAGAUGGCGGACAACGCUCUUUUAGAGCGUCGCAAGAGAAAGUGUAAAGACAUGCGCCUACCCGACUACAUUUUAGACUACGAAGGCACUCCUGGAAAGGAUGAGAUACCAGCAGUUCCCAAAUCUCCGAUGAUCGUCUUCGUGAAUUCGAAAAGUGGAGGUCAGCUUGGUAGCCUCAUCAUCAAGUCCUUCCGCGAACUUCUAAAUCCCAAACAGGUGUUUGAUCUAGCUGUUGAGAAGCCUGAGCAAAUACUACAGAAACUAUUGGACCAUAUUGAGAAGCUUCAAGACAAUGGAGAUAAAGUUGCGAAGUACAUUCGAGAACAUCUGCGCGUAAUUGUGGCAGGAGGGGAUGGGACGGCCGGGUGGUUGCUUGGAGUAAUGGGCGACAUGAGGUUGGAUGACCCUCCACCAAUUGCAACAAUGCCUCUUGGAACAGGAAACAAUUUACCUUACUCUUUCGGAUGGGGCAAGAAAAACCCCGGCACAGAUACUAGAGCGGUGCGGAGGUUUUUGAGGAAAGUUGAGCGUGCCACUCCCAUACAUGUUGACAGUUGGCAUGUAACGCUGUAUAUGGAUGUGGAAAAAGACAAUGAUUCUUUGGAACCUGUGAAGCUUCCCCACUCAUUACACUCUUUCCGUCGGAUUGACACCGAUCAUCAGGAUAAACGUAUCACUUUCCGGGGAGGGUUUUGGAACUAUUUCAGUAUUGGAAUGGACUCUCAAGUAGCAUACCAGUUUCAUUCUGAGAGACAAGCACAUCCAGAGAAAUUCAAAAACCAGUUUACUAAUCAGACUCAGUAUGCGAAGAUCACGUGUAUGCAAGGCUGGUUUUGUGCAUCUUGUGUUCAUCCGAAAUCCAAAAAUACCAAUCACCUGGCGAAUUUAAAAGUUGCUGGAAGAGGUGAAGCUUGGCAGGAUUUGGACGUUUCUAGCAGCAUAAGGUCAAUUGUGGUGCUAAAUCUUCCCAGUUUUUCUGGAGGUCUCAAUCCAUGGGGCACACCGAGUGAUCACAAAUCCAAGAAAAGAGGCCUCACCGCUCCAUUUGUUGAUGAUGGACUUCUGGAGGUUGUAGGCUUCAGGGACGCUUGGCAUGGAGCCAUGCUCUUUGCUCCUAAUGGGCAUGGAGUACGCCUUGCACAGGCACAUAGGGUUAGAGUGGAGUUUCAUUCCGGAGCGGCAAAGGAGGCAUACAUGCGCAUGGACGGAGAACCUUGGUUGCAGCCUCUGCCGGAAUCAUCGAAGCCGACAGUGCUUGAAAUCACGCAACUGGGGCAAUCAGUUGUUUUAGUCACGGAUUCUGCUACUGCUAAGUCGACUUCUGCUACUCCUUCAUCGGUAUCGUCAUCGGAGUCAUCUGACGAUGACUCAGGAGUGAGACGCAAAUUUGGGGCUGCAUCGACGUUCCGUAGACAUGAAACGGAGAAUUAAACAUUUGUCUACCUUGGUACGCAGUUCUAUGAGCUUACUUCGAACAUUUAGAUUUUCUUCUGUUUGAUCAGCAUCCACAUAUCUGUAGUCCUUUGUGUACAUCUGGAGAUAUGGAGGUCUAUGAAGUGUGGUUUCAGAGUGAAUUCGUGUGAAGUCGACACAGACUUUGGAUUAGACUCUUAUUCAUUAGUUCACUUGAAAUAAACAGACUGUUGUAUAACUUAUGUAGAUCAUUUCAAACAACAGAUGAUAGGUGAUAACAUUCAUUAGUUGCAUGCUUUAAAUACAGCAUGUAUAUCUCACUAUUUUUUGUGCGACUGUGUAAUAGCUUCCAUAUCUGCCACAGGAUUACUGGUCAUGACGCUAGUCUGCAAACGGUUUGUAGAUCUGUAAAGAAAAAACUUGGGGGUGCCACAAAGAAGGUUGUAAUAUGACAUUUAAUCAAUGGGUUUGGGAAGAUUUUAUUGAAGUGAAA